AUGCCGGCCCCCAAGACCCACGGAUCAGGCAAGACCGACGCAGUCGGAGUCUCGGCGUCGCAGCAAAACCCGGGCUCUCAAAAGGUGUCAAAGCCGCCCAAGAAGCGCCGGCCGGGGGCUUGGGGCACAUCCAAAGUCCGCACUGGGUGCCAGACUUGCAAAACAAGACACAAAAAGUGCGACGAGGGCAGGCCUGCCUGCGAACAGUGCCUGACGGCUGGGUGGGACUGCGACUUUCUGCUGCAGCCGCAGCAGCAGCCGCAGCAGCAGCAGUACUACACCUACCCACCGCAGGAUCCCUCCAGCUCCCAGGUGGAGGCCGAAACCAUCAUGUCGCCGACGGACCCCUUUUCGACUCGUGACGGGAGACAACUGCUUUGGGAUCACGACGAGAUGUGA